AUGGCGGAGCACGGAAGCUCUUCCGGCGGAACCGCCGGCCAGCGGGAGGAAGGCGUCCGAUCGGCUCCGGUGGGGAGGUGGGGGAGCUACGCGGCGAUGGGGCCGGUGUCUCCGAGGCCGGGAAGUGGGGCGGCGAGGUUGUUCUUCUUCGACGCUCCGUGCGAAGGGUCUCCGCAACACUUCCUUGACGCCUGCUUCCUCUGCAAGAAGCCCCUCGGCCGCAACCGGGACAUCUUCAUGUACAGGUGCGACCUCAGAUCGAUCGAUUUUCUUCGCUUUCCUGCUGCCGCCUGGUUUUUUCUUAGGGAUCCGAUCGGAUCUGACGGGACGAAAUGGAUGGCCAUCGCAGAGGUGACACGCCCUUCUGCAGCGAAGAGUGCCGCCAGGAGCAGAUCGAGAUAGACGAGGCCAGAGAGAAGAGCUUUGCCAUAUCCGUGAAAGUCGCCUCCUCAAGAAAGGAGAAGCAGAAGCAGACGGACAAGGUGGCGUCUCAGGGGAUCGAGGUCCGCGCCGCCGGUGCCGUCCUGGCCGUCUAG